UUAUUAUAUCAAUAAAUUCUUAAACACAUCCGAAAUUACUAAAACAAUAAUUUCGCGACGCGUGGCCGAGCAUUAUGAAACGGAAAGAAACUGGGUCAAAACCAACUCAAAUCUUUCACAAUGGCGGAGAAUUUUGAAAGGGCUGCCAAUGCUCGCAAGAAGAAACUCCCUUCCAUGGAUUGUCUUAUUAGGCAAGGUAAUGAUAUUUUAGAAAAGCGAAAAAAGAGAAGAAAGCCUAUUCAUUAUGAGUAUAGCACGGAUCCAAAAACUGGCCAACGGAGUUGCAAAAAUACUUACAAUCCAAAGUAUUAUAAUCGCGAUGAUACCGCCUCUAGUUCAAGAUCAAAAAACUUAGAGGAACACAGCGAUAAUAUUUUCCAAGAACAAGAACCACCAGAAGUAAGUUUAUUGGAUCGUGAAUCAGAUAUGGAUGUAACGACAAACGCUGUAGAGGAUGUGACAAUGAAUGAUAUCCUUGAAGAAGCAAAAGGAUUAUUAUGUAACUGGAAAUGUGGUGGUCAGCAAAGAAACGAACCUGGCAUGAAAGACAAAAUUCCCUUUAUGAAAGCUGGGAGGAAAUAUGUCUGUGGGGAUUGUGAUGAGGAGAACCAUAAGAACCAUCCAUUUCAUGAUCGAGAUGCAAUUUUGAAUGGUUUUCAUGAACCUAUUCCUCCAACAGCCUCAAUUAACAGCAAACUGGAAUGGAUUACUGUUGAACGGUCCCUUCCAUUUGGUGAUGUUAUUUGUCCCACAUGCCUAUUUCCUUGCAAUAUUUUAUAUGAUGAGAAGGGUAUGGGUUGCAUUGCUGUAACAUUGAAAGGCUGA